AGGCGGACGGAGAUCUGGGGGGAGACCAAGACGGAGGGUCCACUGGAUCAGGAAGAUGCCCUCUCGUUGCAGGAAUGCGCUGAACAUCGUCAUCACCACCCUUUUUGCUGCGGUGGUCCUCUUCACCAUCCUGCUGGCCUAUGUCACAGGGUACCAGUUCAUCCACACUGAGCAGCACCACCUCUCCUUUGGCCUCUAUGGUGCCUUCCUCUCCCUCCAUCUCUUCCUCCAGAGCCUUUUCGCCUUUCUGGAGCAUCGGCAGAUGAGGAACCCCUCUCGUCCUCAGCACCUCCGUCGCUCCGUGGCUCUCUGCAUCGCCGCCUACCAGGAGGACCCAGACUACCUGAGGAAGUGCCUGCGCAGUGUCCGCCGAAUCUCCUUCCCGGGCCUGAAGGUGGUGCUUGUGGUGGACGGGAACCGCCCCGAGGACCGCUACAUGGUUGACAUUUUCCAGGAGGUGAUGGGCGGGGCCGACCAGGCCGGCAGUAUGGUGUGGAAGGGUAACUACCACAGUGAUGGGAGUGGAGGAGGAGGAGUCGGCGGCGGAGGGAGGAGCACAGUGCACAUGGAGGAGGCCGCGCGAGUGGCUCGGCUAGUCAGAGGCUGCCGCUACUCCUGCAUCAUGCAGGAGUGGGGAGGGAAAAGAGAGGUGAUGUACACAGCCUUCAAAGCACUGGGGGACAGUGUGGAUUAUGUGCAGGUGUGUGACUCGGACACAGUUCUAGACCCAGCAUGUACCAUAGAAAUGCUGAAGAUCCUUGAGGAAGAUCCGAUGGUUGGAGGGGUCGGUGGAGACGUGCAGAUCCUGAACAAGUACGACUCGUGGAUCUCCUUCCUCAGCAGUGUACGCUACUGGAUGGCCUUCAACAUCGAGCGGGCCUGCCAGUCCUACUUCGGUUGUGUCCAGUGUAUCAGCGGUCCUCUGGGGAUGUAUAGGAACUCUUUGCUCCAGCGCUUCCUGGAGCCCUGGUACCACCAGACCUUCUUAGGCUCCAAGUGCAGCUUUGGCGAUGACCGCCACCUCACCAAUCGGGUGCUCAGCUUCGGCUACAAGACAAAGUUCACGGCGCGAUCACAGUGCCAGACUGAAACACCGACCCAGUAUCUGCGUUGGCUCAACCAGCAGACUCGAUGGAGCAAGUCGUACUUCCGCGAGUGGCUCUACAACGCUCUGUGGUUCCACAAGCACAGCCUCUGGAUGACCUAUGAGUCCGUGGUCACCGGCUUCUUCCCUUUCUUCCUAGUGGCCACGGUCAUCCAUCUCUUCUACCGUGGAAGGUUGUGGAACAUCCUGCUCUUCCUGUUGACUGUCCAACUGGUUGGGAUGGUAAAGGCCACCUACGCCUGUUUCCUGCGUGGCAGCCUGGUCAUGAUCUUCAUGUCACUCUACUCUUUGCUCUACAUGUCCAGCCUGCUCCCUGCCAAAAUAUUUGCCCUGCUCACCAUCAACAAAGCCGGAUGGGGCACUUCGGGCCGCAGGAAGAUCGUGGUCAACGUCAUUGGUGCUGUGCCCGUCACAGUGUGGGCUAUGGUGCUGCUGGGAGGUGUGGCGUAUACGGUCUACUGUGAAACACAGGAGCCAUUUAGCGAGACGGAGAAAGUCUUGUUGAUAGCGGGGACGAUACUCUACGCCUGCUACUGGCUCAUUCUGCUGGUGCUCUACUUGGCAAUCGUAGCCAAACGGUGUAACAAGAGGGAAGAGCAGUAUCACCUGCCAUAUGCAGAGGCGUAAACCUGCCGCCAGCGAGACUGAUAGGAUUUUCACACGGAGUUUCACGGCAGCACGACUCUGAUCCUGUGAACUGCUCGAGUGAUGAGCUGUGAACCACAAACGCACUCACAUCUUCAUCAUUGGUGCUAAAAAGGUGUGAAUCUCAAGUCUGAGCAGCUUCCCUCUAAUCCAGUCGAGGGAGACUCAGUGAUGACUGGAUCCAGAGAGCUCUCCCAUUCAUAUCAAUGGUGCUUCACAUUGAAAAACCAAACGUGACGGAAC